AUGGCUCCCAUCGACCCGUUCAUCAAUGCCGCAGAUCUUUUGGCCGUAGCCCAGCCUUUGCUCACCUCAUUACAGAUCGGUGGGCUCGUUACAUGGGGCUUGCAGGGGGUGUUGUGUGUUCAAGUUUACAACUACUACCUAAGCUUCCCCGACGAUCCCAAGUACAUGAAGGGGCUGGUGUAUUCUUGUUUGGCUCUGGAACUGGCACAGACGCUCAUGGUCACUCGGGAUACACAUCUGGUUUUCGCUGCUGGCUAUGGGGAUCUGAUGGCCUUGGAUCAUCUCCACCUUCUUUGGCUCACGCUUCCAAUACUGGGCGGAAUAGUUGGCCUGUUAUGCCAUCUAACCUUCGCUUGGCGCAUUUCAUUAUUAUCAGGAUCAAAGAUUGUAGGCGUGAUAAUCGCCGCUCUCGCGAUUGCCGGAGCGGUUGCAGCUUUUGUCUUUGGAGGUAAAAUGCACUCCGCCCAGUCCCUAUCCAACCUUGUUCUGAUCAAACACAUCUAUCUCGUUUGCGGUCUCUGGAAUGGCUUGGGUGCUGCAUGCGACAUAGUAAUUGCUGGUUGUAUGACCUACUGUCUAUCGAGGAGUCAAACAGGCUUUAGAAACACCGAUUUGCUGCUUACAAGAAUCAUGCGCUUGACCAUUGAGACAGGUGUUUUCACAGCCACUGCCUCUAUAUGCAGUGCAGUCCUCUUUGUGGGCUUCCGCGAGAAAAUGACGACAAGCGUCUACUUUGUCAUCCCUGCCAUCAUGCUCACAAAGCUCUAUGCUAUUACAAUCGUUGCCACCUUCAACAACCGUCCCGACGCCGUUGGCGGGCCACCACCGCUCUCAGACGUUGAUAAUUCGUUUGACGACAAUAAAACAUAUUCACGCAAUUUUGAUCGCAUCCAGGGAGAGAUUCGUAUUGGCCGCACGGUCGUCCAGCAGGUGUGGCAAGAUGAGGUUCCAAUGAGCCACUUAAAUAUAUACAGGGGUGAUGAAGCCAAUUCGAUCAAGGACGAUACUGCAUCCCAAGCUUCCGGAAAGGCACCUGAAAGCCUGUCGCCAAAUGACGAACGCGCGACAAGGCCUUUAAAAAUUUGA